AAGAAAUAGAAUACGCGUUAGCAUCGUACCAUAGUGGAAAGAAAACAGCGGGAAGCAACUAACAAGCUUAAGAAACCAAGAAAGAAGAAGAAGAAGAGGGUUUGAUUAUUAAACGCUUGAAGAUUCAAUAACAAGCAAGAACGAGAACAAUGUUUCUUGUCAGUUUUCUUGCUAUCUCGAUGAGCUUGAUCAGUACUAAUGGGCAGUUUAUCACGGAUAAAAGCAACCCUUCUCUAAUGGGAAAUGGAAAUGGGUCAUCACUGGUACCUGCCAUGUAUAUAAUGGGUGAUUCUUCUGUUGAUUGUGGAGAAAACAAUCCUUUCUACCCUUUCCUUCACCGCACUUUUUCUUUGGUUCCUUGUGAUGGGUCUGAUAAUACGCUUCUUCCUUAUCUUCUUGCUGAGAAGAUGGGAUUGUUAAAUACGUCACUAUUUUUCGGUCAGGAUGGAUCGAUUGAAGGGAUAAGAUACGGUUUGAAUUAUGGUUCAGCACAUUCAACAAUUAUAAAAUCUGAGAGUCAGAGCCAUCAGUCUCUUAACCAACAACUACGUCAAGUAUUUGAAACUUUUCAGCUGUUGCAGCUCCAGCUAAGUGAGGAAACUGCUCAGCAUUUUAUCAGAUCCUCCAUAUUUUACCUCUCGUUUGGAAGAGAUGACUAUGUUGACCUUUUCCUUGGCAAUUCUUCUGGCAUAAUGCUGAAGUACAGUGGCCAAGAAUUUGCUCGCAUUCUGGUCAAUCAGAUAGUUCAUGCUAUAAGGAGCCUUUAUGAUGCAAAUGUUAGGAAGAUCGUAUGCAUGGGCAUAUUGCCUUUGGGAUGCACACCGCGUACAGUUUCCGAUUGGCACAAUGCCACUGCUGUUGAUGGAAGGGGUUGUUUGGAAGAGAUAAAUGAACUGGUUUUGCAAUACAAUAUAAUGCUGGAUGAGCACAUCAUUGAGCUCAAUUCAGAGUAUCCUGAUGCUCAGAUCAUAUUCUGUGAUGCAUACCAAGGAAUUAUGGAGAUCAUAGCCAAUCCAUUACUUUUUGGUUUUGAAGAUUCAAAGAAUGCUUGCUGUGGGCUCGGUUUGCAUGGUGCAAUUAUCAGUUGUCUUUCAGCAGCAAUGGCCUGCAAUCAGCCUUCUGCUUUUGUCUGGUGGGAUCUCUAUAAUCCUUCACAAAGAGUUAACUCUUUUCUUGCUGAUUCAGCAUGGUCUGGCCAGAGCUUGUCUGGCAUUUGUAGUCCUAUUACAGUUCAGGAUCUAUUUUACUCCUGAGUUUCUGCAACUGACCUGAGGGCCAUCAAGUCAAGGCCUGCUUGAUCAAGUUGUCUUCUUAUUCUUUUCUUGUAUAGUUGGACAUGGACUACAACUGGUGCUGUGCAUGCAGCAUUAUUUUGUUAAUACCCCAUUCUAUGUUAUAGAUCUGUGAUGAUGCCUCCAAUUGUUUCUUGUAACACAAUCGUGUCUGUAUGUGAUGUUGAUUCGAACAUUUUGUCAACAACUGUGUCAAAUACUCUUGUAAUACAAGGUCUUAAACAAUAUUUCAUCUUUA